GCUUGGGAACUUACUGCCAUGCCUUUAAUCGCUGUUGCCGAAACGCGGUAUCUAGUCGAAUCGGAGCAAUGUGAGCACGCCAGAUCAUACCACAGCAAUCAAGCACCAUAAAAAGAGCUAUGCGUACUUCCUGGCUUCCGGCUCUUCUCCUUUUUCUGCGACUGGUCGCCGCUGUCGUGCUCAUCGAUCGAACUCGCCAUGGUGGUUCAAGUCAGGGGGGCGGAAUGAAGUAUCGUGAACGGUUUUGUGGUUAUGGAGGUAUGGUGCUCGAGGUAGUGGGUGAUUGUCGUGAGGGCUGUGUAGGUUUGGAUAUGGCUGACGCUGGCCGAACGAACGUUCGCUGUUUCUCUUGCUCGUGGAGGUCCGCGCAGGGCUACUGUGCUAAAUUAAGCGGAUACUUGCGUCGCCGGCGGCCGCCUUGCUUACAUAACAAGGGCUUACUCAGGCGGGGGCUGUCAUAAUCAGCAAAGUGCAGCCAGCACCCACGAAAACGGGCUGAAGACAGAGACAAAAUGAACUCCUCCUUAGCUGACAGAAUGACCGUGCCAUCCACCG